GGGGACCCAUCCUGCUCCGGCGCUUCCUGCCGCCGAGAUGGCAGAAUACAGCAGCCUUCUGGAGGAGCUGGCUGAGAACAUCACCAACGAAGACCUGGACCAGCUGAAGUCAGCCUGCAAGGAGGACAUUCCCAGCGAGAAGAACGAGGAAAUCACCACCAGCAAGGACUGGUUCAGCUUCCUGGAAAAGCACAAGAAACUGGACAAAGACAACCUCUCCUACAUUGAGCACAUCUUUGAGAUCUCCCGCCGCCCUGACUUGCUCACCAUGGUGGUGGAGUACCGCACCCAAGUGCUGAAGAUCUCUGAAGAGGAUGAAGUGGACACAAAGCUGACCCGUAUCCCCAGUGCCAAGAAAUACAAAGACAUCAUCCGGCAGCCCUCCGAAGAAGAGAUCAUCAAACUGGCUCCGCCACCCAAAAAAGCUUAAAGUGGGGGGGAGGGGGAGGAAGGGAGCAGCUGGGAGGAGGAUGACCCCCCCACAACCCCCCCCCGCUCUGCUCCACUGUGCCCUGACGGUUCCAGCUGCCCCUUCUGGCUACAUCCUGCCCUUUCUUCUGUGACUGUCCGCCUGUCUUGUGGGACUGGGGUGGGGAGCAGCCUUGGCCACUAAUGGGGUCUUAAUUCCAACCCGCCUCCCCAACCCCUCCUCCCCACACACAUAUCCCCCCCCUUGCCACUGACUCGG